ACUGGACUUGCACAAUUCCCAGCCUGAAUUCCUCCAUGAUUGGUGGCUUCGGCCUCCUCCCUCCACUAGCGUCCCCAAUCGAGCCCGCGGGGUCAUGUGCCAGAAAUCUCGCGCUUCGUUGCCAGCCUCUAUUUUCUUCCACCUCUCGCAUCACCGGCCAGUUUCGCCGCUUCUAGCGCAGAAUGGACGACGCCGUCUCUGAUCUGGUCCUCGACUGGAGGCUCGACAGCACCAUCGUCAGCGAUAGCUGCACCCAGGAGACCAAGUAUGUCUCGAACCCAAUGACCGGGCUGUGGCGGACACGCGUCCAAGAGACCUGGAAGCGCACCGAGCUAUUAGGCAACGGCUCUUUUGGAUAUGUCUGGCUUGAGCAGUGCAUAGCAGGCCCCCGCGCAGGCAAGGCCCGAGCCGUCAAGGAGAUUCGGACAAGGUGUGGCUCAACUGCGUACGACCCUUUGUUUUUGUCUCGGGAACUCUUGGCUAUCAUGAAGUUUUCCCACCAGCGGUAUCGAGAUUGUUUUGUUCGCUCCUUCGGGUGGUAUGACACCCCGGACGCUAUCUAUAUCACUAUGGAGUACCUCCCCUUGGGCGAUUUGCAGUCCUACAUCAGUAGGCGCCGCCUUAAAGAGGCGGAGGCCAAAAGAAUCACACUCCAGAUUCUACAGGGGAUUGCUUUUAUGCACCAAAGUGGCUUUGCCCAUCGCGAUAUAAAGCCCAGUAACAUCCUCAUACAACAUACUGGGCCCAACUGGUGGGUCAAGAUUGCCGACUUUGGUACGAGCAAGCAGAUCGAGGCAACAGCUCUACGCACACAGACAGGCACACAAGCAUAUCUCGCACCCGAGGUUCUAGGAAUAUUCCCACCCGGUGAUCGCAAAAUAUCAUCGGCGCCGACUUAUUCCCUCGCUGUCGACAUCUGGGCCAUCGGUAUCGUGGCGUACCGCAUUGCUGUCGGACGACUACCAUUCCCUGAGCCAGCCAACCUAACCGGAUACGUUUUCUACGGCGACCCUUUUCCAGUGGAUGCUUUACUGAGCCCUGAGUGCACAAGCUUCAUCAACUCUGUGUUGAGUACUUCUCCACGACUGCGGCCCACCGCGGCGCAAGCUCUGGAAAGCGGUUGGAUAAAUGCAUCGUCGCCCGGCCCAGCCUCGCGGUCUCCGCCCCCAAGGAACACCAUUGCAUUGCCCUUAAUAUCUCGAGACCACGGAGGGCCUGCAUCGUCUGAUCCUGAGCUCGUUACACAGAUUCGGGCAUCCCCCUUACCCCCACAGGACUCCAGCGGGUUUUCAGCUCCCGAUAUCGUACCUGUCAAGAAAUUUGAAGAGAUGAAUGUUAGCGACGAAGAAGCUUCUGGACGAUGGACAACCAUGUACAACGAUCCAGCCACUCCCAACACUCACGAACAUGGAACAGCAGCCGAGACUUCAAUCGAUAGUAAAAACGACGGCAUCAGUGACAUGAUCAGUGACUCUUCUAACAAGGAUGGAGAUCUCGUGGCAGGUAGAUUUGACUUCGUUGCGAAAGACACCAACAGUGACGGUAUUCCAGUUGCUAAUGACACUUUCGAUGACGAUGUCGACAUCAACACCGACAGCCAGGGCGAGAAGGUUGAUAAAACCUGGGGCAACUCUGUAUGGCAUUAUGAUGAAAACAAUCGCCAUGAUCGUGCUACAAGCAGCGACAAAAACGACCAGUGGUGGGUCGAUGCCGCGAGCGAGGAUGCGACAAUAGCGACCGAUCCUCCUGGUACGCCCUCCGUCAUGGUAGCACCUUCAUCUAUCCAGAGCUGAGUCUAGUUGCGAUAGCUGCGCUGACCUUCAACCUCUCUACCGAAGAGAAGCGAGUAUAUGGCCAACUCUUCCGGCAAGCCGAUUCGGAGGCCGUCGGCGUCAUCGUCGGCGAGACCGCUGUUAGGUUCUUCCAGAAUACCCGCCUACGCCCUUACAUACUUGGCGAGGUAUGUUUGCAAUUUUUAUCUCGCUUUUCCUUAUCGUCCAGCUAAAUAUUCUAUCUCGUGAUAGAUCUGGCAGAUUGCGGAUAAGGAAAAUAGAGGUUUCCUGACCCCAGCUGCGUUUGCCAUUGC